GUAUUUAUAGCUUAAAUAUACCAGUCCCUGACUUUUACAGUUAUUUAGCUCCGAUACUUAUCGAUUUUACUUAUACUAAGUAUUUAUCGAUAAUGUUUUUAAAUCAGAAUCAACCCGUAGCUUAGCAGUCGCUUGCAGCUUUUCAGCUGAAAAAUUGGUAUAGCCGCAAUAUACCCUGUAAUUCCCUCCUGCAACGAGUAUAGAACACCAAAAGGAACAUCAUCCAGUAAUAAAAAAUUUAAGCAUCUGCGAUGUCCAGGCCGUUGAACAAGGACUAUCGAGCUGCUGAUUUCCAGCAGCUCAGCCAAUUGAUCCAAAAUCAUCCACUGAUGAAGACAGCUGCGACGGAGGAGCUAUCGAUGCAGAAGUUCCGUACGCCUGAAUACAGCACGAAAUGCGUAAUGCGCGCCUCCCUGGAUGACAUAGCCCUGGGUAUAAAUAUGUAUAAGCUGCAAUUGGGCGUGGAUAAGCAGACGUCCAAAGCUGAAGCCGUGAGCUUUGGGCCUACGGCAAGGAAAUCUGCCAAGGGCCAGGGCACACCCUUUAUCAAAGUGCUGCUGCGUAAGACGCCACUUGUGGUGCUCUUCGAGCGACCGAGCAUGACGGCCGAGUUGGACACCGAGGAGGGUCGAAUGGUUCUGGCGGAUAAUCAGCUUUACGAUCAGCUCUUGACGGGCAUCGACAAAUGCCGAAGAACCGUCGAAGCGGAUACGCAAACAAUCGAACCGCUGCUGAAAUCCCGCUUGGUCAAUACGGAACGCCUGUGCACGGACCAGGUGGGCUCCUACGUGUCAAACUUUGAGAUGUUCGAUACGUACAAGGAUCUGGAGGCGUCCACAAAAAGUGUCCCCAUAGAGGGCGCCCAGCAGAUGGAGGUGACCACCUAUCGUGUUGGAGGCGUUGAUCAAUUUGUGGAGAUCAAUCAGCUGCCUAACUUCCGCUUGGCAUUGAUGAUCACCAUGCGCAUCCUGGCAAGUAAUGUCUUUGAGCCGCAGCAGCGACGCUUUCGCAACAUGCAACCACCCGAUCCGCUCGCCGAGGAUGUGAAGUUCAAGUAUCGCCUGCACUUACUAUGGAGACUGAGUGCACCAUCGCCGCUGUCCAGAGAGCGGCAGGCAGUCACUUCUGUCUGUUUCUGUCCCAGCAAUGGUGACAUUAUGGCCGUCUCCUAUGGCAUCUAUACCUGUGCGAAGCUGGGCAAGCAGCCUCGACGUGGCUAUGUCUACGUGUGGAACAUAAAGAAUCCUGUGAACCCGGAACGCUGCUACAACUACCCAGUGCCCGUUGUGGUGGUCCAAUUCUCGCCAGGAUCACCCCAGCUGCUGGCCAUUGGCCUGCAUAACGGCGAUGUGGAGGUUCGUGACAUCUCACAGCCGGAUCAACCCGCUUUGGCUCGAUCCCAGCGUAGCAGCUCACCCUACUUUGAUCCGGUGACGGCCAUUAAGUGGAUUCCGCGCAGCGAUGGUGACGUCCUUGCAGAAGGGAAUAUAACGCCCUUCCUCGCUGCCUCGCAAUCGGGCUCUGUGAUUAAGUACCAGCUGAUUAAUAGUCCAUAUCUCUUGGGCUUUGAGCAGCAGCAUUUCCAGCGUGCCGAAGCCGAGCUGGAGGGGAUUAGCAUCACUCAACCGGCACAGCGUGUGCCGCUACUCGCCAAUCGAUAUGUCCAGUGCCUGGAACUCAUCUUGGAUCCUUUGCAGAGUGAGCUCUACUAUGUGCUCACCGAUGAGGGCACCAUGUACAAGUGCUCCACCAACUAUCCGCUGCAGCAUCUGGAGCUGCAACAGGUGCAUGAAACCCCUGCCGUCUGCAUGGACUUCUCACCCUGGUCCCCAAAACUUUAUCUGACCUGUGGCAGUGAUUGGUGCAUUCGCAUCUGGAUGGCUGGCAUCCUGUUGCCACUGAUUACGCUCCAGCAUCAUUUGUCGCCUGUGCACUGCGCCCGCUGGAGUCGCACCCACUCCACCAUUCUAGUCUCGAUUAGCCACAACACCAUCGACAUUUGGGACCUGCGCAACAGCACGCUGAAGCCCGUCUCAUCCACCACGAUAGAUGCCAAGAUUCACUACACCACCUUCUGCUUCUCGCACUGUGGUCGCUGCCUGGCCGUGGGCAAUGAGGCGGGCAACCUGCUCAUGCUCGCCUUCGAGGAUAUGCCCUUCGCCCCGCACUUUCAGUACAGGCAGCUGAAGCGGGCUCUGUACAAAGCGCUGGCCUUGGAUCCGGAAUUGCUGCAGCAGGUUAAGAGCGUCGGCGCCUUUCAUUAUCCUCACGGAGGCAAACACACAUCGGACCAAUGA